AUGGCGAAGCAGAACUCACACCCCCGGAACCGCCCAUAUGUGGGAAUCAGACAAAACCCAGCGUGCAUCGCGCCAGGCCUCUCUACCUCUUCCCAUCGCCAUAGGUCUUUGCGAAGAUCGGAGUCCGUUUAUUCGGAAGCAGAGUCUAGUGCGCAGGAUAUAUUUGAGUGCGUAGAACCUGAGGCUACGAAAGAUACAGUCAAGAAAAAAAUUAAUUCUUUGAGAACUUGCUAUCGGAAAGAGAUGAAAAAAGUGGAUGCUUCCACAAAAUCUGGAGCUGCCACAGAUGAUAUUUAUGAACCGACGCUGUAG